AUGUCCAAUGUGUAUACAUUAAACAAUAUAAAAGAUAGAGGAGAUCCUAAAGGGGUCAGGUAUCGGCUAGGUAGUAUCUGCGAAUCAGAACUUGAGAAUGCAUUGCAUAGUAGUAUCAAAUCUGCUUCUGUUCUUGCUAAUGAAUAUAAAGACCUGCAAGAUAUCACUUCAUUUAGGGAUAAAAUAAAUGAAUUAAAUUCCCUUAAUCGUAUAUUGGAGCAGGAAAGGGAUGAUUUAAAUUCAAAGAAACAUGAAUUGGAAGCUGAGGUAGGGCAUAAGGAUUCUGAAAUCACCUCUCUUGGAGCUAAAAUAAAUGAGCUAGAGAAAUCAUUCCAUGAACUGAACAUAAUAGGUGGAGCUAAAGCAGAUCCAGACUCAGCUGAGAACUCUUUGGAAAAAGAGUUCCUUCCUCAAGAAACUAAUACUUA